UCAAAAUGGGCCCACUAUUUUUUGCACGUCUGGCAAUGCCGGCGCACGGGCCGCCCAGCAUACUGGAACCGCUGGCACCGUCAUUCCGCACAACGACAACAUCGACGACGACGACCACAACAACAACUACGACAACCACAACAACAUUAGCGCCAUCAGUAUUCACCGCUAUGUUGGACAAUGUGACCACAGUGAUUAUCUUAGAUAAUGAAAUAGCACAAAAUCAAACAAACGCCACCGGCAUCUACGGCCCAAAGGGACCCAGCUACUCCAUCUCAUCAAUGGUGUUCAUGGGCUUAAUUGCCGCCAUACUCAGCAUGCUGACGGUGGUGGGCAAUUUUAUGGUUAUGAUCUCAUUCAAAAUCGACAAACAACUACAAACAAUCAGUAAUUACUUUCUCUUCUCAUUGGCCAUUGCCGAUUUCGCCAUCGGCCUCAUAUCGAUGCCACUGUUUGCGGUCACCACCAUACUCGGCUAUUGGCCAUUGGGUCCACAUAUUUGCGAUACAUGGCUCGCACUGGAUUAUCUCGCGUCGAAUGCAUCCGUGCUGAAUUUGUUGAUCAUCAGUUUUGAUCGUUAUUUUAGCGUUACACGACCACUGACAUAUCGCGCUAAACGUACCACCAAUCGGGCAGCGGUCAUGAUUGGCGCUGCCUGGGGCGUUAGUCUGCUGUUGUGGCCGCCGUGGAUUUACAGUUGGCCAUAUAUUGAGGGGCAACGCACGGUGCCGCAAUACGAGUGCUAUAUACAGUUUAUCGAGACCAAUCAGUACAUCACGUUUGGCACAGCGUUGGCGGCGUUUUAUUUUCCGGUAACGAUUAUGUGCGUGCUAUACUAUCGCAUUUGGCGUGAGACGAAGAAGCGACAGAAGGACUUGCCCAAUUUGCAGGCGGGCAAGAAGGACUCGUCAAAGCGCUCGAACUCAAGUGACGAGAAUACCGCUGUCAAUCACACGGGCAUGUUGCCCUUUGGGAAUGCUGGUGAUGGCCAUGAUUGGCGGCGACCGCGCUCCGAAUCCUCUGCCGAUGCUGAGAGUGUUUAUAUGACCAAUGUGGUCAUUGAUACCGGUUAUCAUGGUCUACAUUCACGCAGAUCAAGUAUCAAAAGCACCAACACGAUCAAAAAAUCAUAUUCUUGCUUUGGUGGCAUUAAGGAAUGGUGUAUUGCGUGGUGGCAUUCCGGACGGGAAGAUUCCGAUGAUUUCCCUUAUGAGUUAGAGGAACCUUCGGAUUAUGGCUGCACAUCCGUAAGCGUGGUACGCGACAACUAUUCACUAGGCGGCAGCGCCUGCGGCGUACGUCCGCCAAGCAUACUCCUACCCGAUGUCUCACCCACACCACUACGCCCGCCCCUGACACCACUGUCGCAACUGCAAGAGAUCUCCUCUGCAUCGGGUGCACGCGAUUCACGCUCCUUACCCGGCAAUAAUCGCAUCAGUUCACGUUCGGUAAGUCAAGAUUCCGUUUAUACAAUACUAAUACGGCUACCCUCGGAUGGGGCUAGCGCCAAUAAUGGCCCAGAAGCGCCAUCUAUCAAAAUGAUACACGAAGACGUAUCGCUACCGAUCAUAAGCGCAGCACCGCCACCACGACGACCACUCUCAUCACGUGAUUCCGAAUAUAGUUUACCGUUGGGCCGACGCAUGUCGCACGUCUCACACGAUGUACGCAUACCGCUCAAUGCGAAGGUAAUACCUAGACAAUUGGUCAAACAUGUGCAUGCCACAUCGCGCGUCGUCGCCAAGAAGAAGAAGAAGUCGCAAGAGAAGCGUCAAGAAUCGAAAGCGGCCAAAACGCUAUCGGCCAUACUCUUGAGUUUCAUCAUCACCUGGACGCCAUACAAUAUACUGGUGCUAAUCAAACCGCUGACCACAUGCUCCGAUUGCAUACCGAAUGAAUUGUGGCAAUUCUUCUAUGCGCUCUGCUACAUCAACUCGACCAUAAAUCCGGUUUGCUAUGCGCUGUGCAAUGCAUCCUUCCGCAAGACCUAUAUACGCAUACUCACCUGCAAGUGGCACACACGCAAUAGGGAGGGUAUGACGCGUGGCGUGUACAACUGAGUAAGGCCUAUGGAGGGGACGAUUAUGCGUCGCCGCGAGGGCAAUGCUGGCCUCUUCGAAUUGAAGCAGAAUCCUAAAACUAAUUCAUAAUGAAAGUGUAAGCCAUAAGCUAAGCGCUGGCUUGGCGCUCGGUGCGGUACGGUGCGUUGCGGCACGUGUGAAGCUAACGGUUUUCGUUGCUACAGCUGGCGGGGAAUCUGCAUGAACAAUGUGUAUGUAGCAUACUAUUUGUAUAUUAGCGUUUAUAUGUUUCAGUAAUGUGGUUUAGAUAUUGUCUUUACAU